GUGAGAAGACUGGUCUUUGACAAUUACCAAAGGUGUCCAGUGUCUUAAACUUGUACAGGUUUGUUAUUUCAUGGAUAUACUGUGUCACAAAAACUCUUCCAAAUUUUGGCUGCAAAUUUUGGCUGCAUGCUUUCAAGGAACGAUAUAUUGCUGUAGAGUUUUUAAAUUUCCUAGAAAUAUUUAUAUUAUGUGCAUGUCAUUUACAAAUAAUUGUAUAUUUAAAUGAGCUGCAAUAUGAUUGCUAUUUGGAAGAAUUUUUCAUAUUAUUCUUGUAUAAUUAUCAUAAAAGUACUGAUAUAUUACGACAGACAUUCUUAUAAAAUAAUUAAUAUGCUAAUUUAUGUAUUUGUUUUAAUCAUCUCAAAAUUAUUUGGUUGGCAUAUUUUGAUCAUCUAACUUAAAUGGAAAGUGAGAUAGGUUUCAGUUUUGAAAGCUAUAGAGUUGAUUUGGGGGGUUUUUCUUCAAAAUUUGUGUUUCUUUUUUAUGGGUUUUGUUGUUGUUUGUUGUUAUUGUUUUUGUUUGUUGGGGUGUCUUCAAAGGUUACUUGCAAUUUAACUUGUUGAGAAGUUCCUAGUUUUUUCCUUGUGAAAUAACAGAUCUUGUUUUGAAAGGCAGUUGACACAAUUUUUUUUUUAUGAUGUAUAAUGCUAAAAAAACACAUAUAUUUUGCUUUAAAAUAAAUUGAACGCCUUACAGUUAACUACAAUCAACAAACGUGACAUAGAGAAUAGCAUUACCUAAAAUAGGCUUGUAAGUGGACUUGAGUAAAUUCCUCUUUUAAUAUUUUCUUGCCAAAAGGUGUAUUGUUUUACAAUAUUUUGUUUACUUCACAUACCAAUUAUCUUCAUGUUUUUAAACAUCUUAUUGAAAUCAAUAAAUUUAUUCUCACUCAUAAUGAUUGUGACUGUCAACUUUUCAUAUAUCUUUUUUUGUUGUAACCAAAAGAAAAAAAAAUCAUUCUGAGUUUAAUUUGAAUGUCUGGUACCAUGACCUCUUUGUGCCUGAUCGCUAUUCAAUGCUGUUCAGUUCCAUUUCCUCAGACUAAAACAUUAACUGUUGCUUUUAGGGUCCAGUUGCAACAAAAUGGUUUCAUGGUAUUUUAGUUGUUGCCAGUUUCUGCUAAGUAAGAUUCACUUCAAUUAGCAAGUUUGUAUGCUUUCAGUGUUAUUUGGCCCAUAAUAAUGCUCACCAAUUUGACAGGAUACCAAAUAUGUUAACUUUACAUCAUAUGUUUUGGCUGGUAACCUGUUUCUUCUUAAUAAAACUGCUUCAGCAGACUCUUUUUGCUAACCAGUUUUGUGCGAAGCAAAAAUUAGCAAGGUACCAGUCAAAGCAUGGUGCAUAUGACAUGGUGUUUUUGCUGGUUACCUUAUUCUGGCAAGCAUAAUUUUGUUUUGCUUAGCUGAUUUGUGUGCUUACAUGUAAGUACCUCUAUGAAUUUUGGCCCAAGGCCCAAGUUCAUAAAGCUUGUAAGCAUCAAAACAUGCUAAGCCAUGAAAACAUGCUAAGCACAGAAAUGUCUUGCUUAGCAGAAACUAGGUUAUCAGCCAGUCUAUUUCCUUAAGUUGUUCCCUAGAUUCCCUUUGUUGUGACUGGUGCCAGACUCAACAGAAGUACUUUCUGCUAAACAGUAAAAAUUAAAUUGGGGCUUGGGCUCACAAUUUCAUAAAGCUGUUAAGCUGAGAAAGUAUUGCUUAGAUAAUUUAUUUCUCAAGAAAAUAAAUGAGUGGGCACCAGUCGCAACAAUGUAAAGUUAUGGAAUGUGUUGGUUGGUAACACUUUCUUCUAAGCAAGUUUUGUCUGUGCUUAGGAAGUUUUUUGCUUACAGGCGUUAUGAAAUCGGGCCUUCUUUAGGGGAUUAGCAUCUCUGAAAAACUGUGCCCAUUAGUACAUGUACAUUUAGAACAGCUCUCAAUGACAUUGGAUGCAGCAUGGCUACAAUGAUUGGUGUGUACAUACAUGUACACUAGCAUGGAACACUUGUAAUGUACUGAUGUACAUCAGCAAUGGAAUUACCUUUUUUGGUAAGUUUUGUAUCUUAAAAAUAUUGUUACUGGGCCUUAAAUUGUGCUUGACAAGUUGUAUUGUAACAGUUGUGUGUGUAUGCUUAGAUUUAAAGAUUUAGGAUGUAAUUGCUCAACUUGUAGUUCGCAAGCCUGAGGAAAUCUUAGCCCUGGUAGGAUGUCAGUAUACAAUUGUUGCAUGCUGUGACGGGGUCCAUGGCAUUUUGCUUUAAAUACAAAUAGCAUAACAAAUUCAGAACAAAACCAAAAUAUAUACCUCAAACCCACGCUAAAUAACAUCAAACAAUAUUUCAACUAUCAAAUUCUUAACUGAUUUUUAAAAUAAUACCUUAAAAUUAACUGAAAAUUGCGCGGUGGCUGUAUAGUCUACCCAAUAACUAACACUGGGACAUUGCUAAGCUCAUCCUAACUCUUGUGUCCUGUUUGUGGACGCAAACAUGUUUCAAUUCGAUGUGUACUCAUGCUAAGCAAAAAUAAUUAUAUCACGUGACAUCAGCUUGUUUGCUAACAAAAUGGCUACGCACAUUUAACAUUUGUAAAAAUGUUAUUGGUUGAUUUAAAAAUAAUGAAAGAUUCUCGAUGGUAAAAUUUGUGUAAUAAUAUUUUCAUAAAUAAAAUUAAAAUAUAUUACUUUAAAUACAAUAAGCUUAAAUUGCAGAACAAAAACAAAAUAUACACCUUAUUAACCCAUGCAAAUAUAACAUAAAAUAAUAUUCAAUUAUCAAAUUAUUGACUUGUUUAAAACAAUACGUUAAAACGUUUACCUGACAACUAUACCUUUGCGCGGUGGAUAUAUAAUCUACCCAAUAACUAAGAAUCAGAGAAUGCUAAGCUUUGGAGGUCGCAGGUUCAAGCCUUGCCCUAGUAAAUUUUUCUAUGUUCAACCCCAAUUCUGUUAACUAUUUUCCUUUAUAGAUAUUGAAUGUAUCAAAUAAUAACAUCAUACCCUACCUUUUUGCCUUACACGCAAACAAAAUAUGGCGUAACAAAUCAGAUCGCACGUCCAUAACAUGGUUUAUAUGUAGUUUCUUUAGAAAAAUUAUCACUUGAGCAUUCUCCUAGUUAUAUUGCCAUGAUUAUAAUCUGGAUAAAAAUAGUUCAAAUAUUUCAGCUAAAUAUACUGUUAUUCUCUUCACCUUCAUACAUAUAAUUUCCAAAAAACGUAACAAAUUAAACAGAAUAUAAUAUUGUUUACAUAUUGGGUGACUUUGGUAUGGCUAUUGCUGUUGCCUUUAGAAGCAAUGAGCAAGUUCGAGUGUUAACUAUACUCGAACCCAUGCAGGCUGGUCGACUAUUGGUCGACUACUCUGGUCGACCAUUUGGAACUAGCCUCAUGAUUAUGGAUUCUUCCGUGGUGCCGAUAACAUGUGUAAAGCGCAGAAGGGAACCAGUUACACUUUAGCGGAAAGCGGGAAGGCACUAAGCCAUUUUGAGGUAUGGUUGACACAGUACUAGGACACUGUGAUUUGGGUAACUUAGUCUAAAUAUAUGUGACCCGCUCUGCAAAAAAGGGUACUAAGGGACGAUAUGCUAAUUACAUUUAAAGAGGCGUUCAAUAUUGAGAUCCUGAAAAUAUGAUUUUGUCUUUCUUGGUUUAUUGGCUUCUAUUGCAUAAAUACUUCCAUAUUUUAUUCACAGAAAUAUCAUUUCAAUUUUUUUUAGUUGAAAAAACAAAGGUUUUUGUACCAAUUUUAGGUAACUUCCCUUAAAUUUUGAUAGGUGCAGUGCAGUGCACUCGCAAAGUACAUUUGGUGACUGCAUUUAAUAAAUACUUCUAUGAAGAAAAUUUAAAGGCUCUACGGGAUUAUGGGAAAAUCCUUAAAUCAGGGAAAGAAAAAAAAACGUACAUCACACACCUAUUCAGACUUGCCCCUGAAGAUAAAAAACACCACUCUGCCACUGUACGUCAUUUGCAAACUAAAAACCAAAAAACUGCACACACAAGUUUUACAGGCAAACAUCUUCUUCUGACAUAGAUUCAUCAGCAACUUAUCCUCAAUGAUAAACCCUUUGUGGAUAAACAACAUUUCUGCAACUUCUCCAGGGGUGGAUUUCACAACAGGAUGAGUUACUCGAUCGCCCUAACUUAGGUCCUAAAGUCUUAGGACAAGCCUUAAGUUUUUUUUAUAUCUCCUAGGACAAGUGCCUAACUCUUCGUGAAAUCGACCCCUGGAAAAGUUUUGAGAAGGUGCCUUUGAUAAUAUCAGAAAAUGGAUCCUUUAUGUGCAGAGCCACCAUGCCGACAGCGCAAAUACUGCCAGCCCAUUCACCAAGGCCAUCAAGUAGCUGGAGUGGAACCUGUGUCCAGACUUCUUCCUGUUGGACAAAAUGAAUCAACACCAUUAAGGAGUGGCGCAAGGGACAGCAGGAGAAAUGAGAUGGAGAACAAUGGCAAUUCCAACAGUCCCCACUCGCUCCAGCAACAACAACAACAACAGCCCCCAUUGUUUGGGAACAGACCCCCCAUGAUGAUGCCCCCAUUUGUGCCCCCUAAUCCCGGUUUGCCACCUCCAUCCUUCAACAUGGGGAUGCCUGGCCAGUCCAACAACAACAACAACCCCGGUAUGAUGAACAUGCCCCCGCCAAACUUUGGCGGUCCCAACAUGCCCCCGAUGGGUAUGCCGGGAAUGCCACCAGGGUUUCCGGGGAUGCCACCGGGUAUGCCACCGAUGAACCUUCCGCCCGGGAUGUUCCCUCCUGGCAUGGGCGCCUUCGGGAUGGGGGCACCGGGCGGGAUGAAUGCCGGGGCGACUAACCAGAAGGAAGAACACGACGACACCUCACAAGACACAGAUUCCAACAAACAAGUUGAUCAAACAGCCAACCAGCCAUCGUCUGCCCCUGGUUCUACUGCACAGACUGAUUCUGCAACUUCACAAUCUACGGCUGGACAGGAGUCUAAACCUGCAAAGAAGAGCGAUUGGGCGGAGCACAAAGCCCCCGAUGGGAGGACAUAUUUUUAUAACAGCGCCACCAAGCAGUCGCAAUGGGAGAAACCAAAUGAUUUAAAAACGCAGGCCGAGCUUUUGCUCUCUCAGAGUCCAUGGAAGGAGUACAAGUCAGACACAGGGAAAGUUUACUACUACAACACUGAGGCCAAGGAGUCCAAAUGGAUCAUACCCAAGGAGCUGGAAGAACUCAAAGCUAUGAUUGCGACCAAAAAGCUGGAUAAAGAACCAGAGACAGAGGCAGUAGCGACGGCAUCCAUUGAUGAUCCGCCCACAGAAUCAUCGUCCGACAAAACGCAAGAGAGCAUGACGGGCGACACAACCACUCCCGCUGCCGCACCCGCUAACACCACCGCCCAAAACAUGGCCGGGGUACCCGCAGUGGGUGCCAUGCCCAACAUGACGGGAGUUCCACCCAGCAUGGGCGCUAUGGGUGGUGGCAUGCCUGGUAUGCCCGGUAUGGGUGCAAUGCCCACACCCACCGGGAUGGCGCAUAUGCCCGUACCGGGCGCACCCAUGGUGGGUAUGGCCGGGAUGCCUGGGCCAAUGAUUGGGUUCAUGGCACAGCAGGGGGCGACAACGGGUAGCACCGGUGGAACGGGUAGCAUCGGUACGGCGGAGAACACGCCCAAUACAAAUAUCACAGAGGAUGAUGCUGACAGCUCCAGUGACUCCAGACCAGGUACACCUGACGUCAAGGAGAUUGUUUAUAACACAAAGGAAGAGGCUAAGGAAGCAUUCAAACUACUGCUCAAAGAUAAGGGUGUAUCCUGCAAUGCAUCAUGGGACACGGCCAUGAAGAUGAUCGUCAACGAUCCGCGAUACAAAGCCCUGACCAAGUUGAGCGAGAAGAAACAAGUCUUCAAUAACUACAAGGUGCAAAGGAGCAAGGAAGAAAAGGAAGAGAUGCGGGUGAAGGCAAAGUCGGCUAAAGAAGACCUCCAGAGAUUCUUGGAGACGCAUCCCAAGAUGAACUCCAACGUCCGAUAUAGGAAAUCGGAGAUGCUGUUUGAAAACGAGGAGGUCUGGAGGGCGGUGCCGGACCGAGACAGACGCGACCUCUACGAGGACGUCGUCUUCUUCCUGGCCAAGAAGGAGAAAGAGGAAUCCAAGAAUCUGAGGAAGAGGAACAUCGACUCGAUGAAUAACAUCUUAGACAGCAUGCCUAACGUGACCUUCAGAACGACCUGGACGGAUUGUCAACAGUAUCUGAUGGAGAACCCCACAUUCGCUGAAGACGAAGAACUCAUGAUUAUGGACAAGGAGGAUGCUUUGAUCUGCUUUGAGGAGCACAUCCGCCAGCUGGAGAAGGAAGAGGAUGAAGACAAAGAACGAGAGAGGUUGCUUCUCAAGAGAGGCUACAGGAAAUGCAGGGAGGGAUUCUUGGUUCUUCUGGAUGAGUUGCAUGAGCGAGGGCAGCUUCACUCCAUGUCACUCUGGAUGGAUCUCUUCCCGGUGGUUAGCUCCGAUCCUCGUUUUAAUCUUAUGCUAGGCAAUCCCGGAUCUACUCCAUUGGAUCUCUUCAAGUUUUACGUAGAGGACCUCAAGUCUCGUUUCCAUGACGAGAAGAGGAUAAUUAAAGACAUCUUGAAGGACAGAGCAAUGUCCAUCGAGAUCAACACAUCCUUUGAAGAUUUUGCGACGUCGAUCAGUACUGACAAGAGAGCUUCCACCCUGGACGCCGGAAAUAUCAAACUCACCUUCAACAGUUUGAUCGAGAAGGCGGAGGCUAGAGAGAAGGAGAGACAGAAGGAGGAAGCCAGAAAGCAACGAAGGAAAGAGGGCGCCUUCAAAUCCAUGCUCAAACAGUCGGCACCGCCCCUAGACAUCAACUCCAACUGGGAUGAUGUCCGUGAUAGAUUUGUUAAUGAGUCUGCGUUCGACGGAAUCACAGUUGAAUCAGAGAGAAUCCGACUAUUUAAAGAGUUCAUUCAGACACUGGAGGAGGCGUGUGCCCAUCAUCAUUCCAAAGCCAGCUCCAGGAAACAUUCUAAACAGAAGAAGAAACACCGAAGCAGACGCUCCAGAUCACGUUCCAUGUCUGAGUCGGAAGAGGAGCGAUCAAAGCGACGCUCCAAGAAGAAGAAGCGAUCCCGAUCACCCACACCCUCGGACUCAUCUUACGAAUCGGACCUCAGCAGUAAACGAUCCAUCUCCAAAAAACACAAAAAGAAGACCAAGAAGAGCAAGCGUAGACGAUCGCCCUCGUCGGGAUCAGAUUCUGACGUUAAAGAAGUUCCUCAUCAUCCGCCCAAAGCUUCUGCAGCUCCCGCUCCUCGUAAGACGGUCACUCCAUCUCGAGCAGGAGACACACCCAAGAAGGAGAAGACUGGUUGGGACACGUCAGAGAGCGAUCUGAGUGAAGGGGAGCUGGAAAAACAACGGCGGGCUCUCCUCGAACAACUCGCUGAAGGUUAAAGGUCAAGCAAGGUCAAAGGUGACCAACCAAUUUAGUGAGUAGCGACUCUUUUUGUAUAUCAGCGAUUGAAUUUGUUUGUUUUAAGGGAAGUGCUGUUAGACAAACCUGGCUUAAAGGAACAUUACAGAAUUGGUUUUUGCUCAUUAAACAGUUGCUGGCAGUGUAAGCACUUUACAUGUAUGUA